CCCCAGUUUGUUCUGACAGGCAAACAAGGUUGCGGGACAAGACGGGGCACAUGAAAACCACCAAUCCGUCAUCCAUGGAUAUUUCUCAUUAUAGCGAACACACAACCUAGAAAAACGGGAAAUGACUAUGGACCUAAUUUCCAGUUUGUGCUUAGCUCAAGCGUAUCUUGUUUUGGAGCUCGGUUCGCAAUACGCCGCCUCCUGCAAGACGGAGUGGAGGGUAAAACUAUGUCACAGGACGUGAAUAGCGUUUCCAUUAUCUUUUACUUUUCAAGAUGUCAGAUCCUGCCUUCGUCCAGUCGUGUUGCCGAGCGUAAAGAGUCUUUUCUUGGGAAAUGUACAGACUAUUAUUCUGACAGAGAAGUGAUGUAGUUCACGAUUAACGGAAUUAAAUGCCAUCAUCGCAGUGAUUGACUAACGAUAGCUACAAAGCUAUCGUACUUGGACAACUUCUUUGCCGACUGGUUAGCUUGCAACAGCUAACUUCGUGAACUAUGUGAACUAAUAAUAACAGAAAAGUGCUGAUAAAGGAACUCCCUGCAACCCUCUGGUUGGUGAACAUUCCGAGUCAACAGUAUAUAUUAUACAUAUGAUUUAUUAUUUAGUGCUUUUCAUCGAUUUCUGAGACGUUACCACUCGAACUAUUAUACUAACAGCGGUGUUGCUUUGCUAACGUUUGCUACAGAAGUUGCUAACUAGCCCGGAAGCUAACUUGUAUGAUGAAUGCAUUAUCAGACACUGUGGCUUGUAAUAUCAAGAAUCCGCACACUAUUACACCACGACAAUCGUUAUUUAGAUGUUGUAUAUAAAUAUAAACAUGUAACAUAUACAAGUAAACCGAAGAGGCCAGUAGGAUACUGGAUCCAGUGACGCUGAUGUGCUGCAGGUUGCUCUAAUGUGCGCAUGGAGAAGGCGGCAUUUGAGGGGUGGCUGGAGUCAGUCUCUGCUACUUUCCUUACGCUGAAUGACCAGGAGCGCAACCAGUCUCUGGACCACCUCAUAUCUUUAAGUGGUGCCGCCCAGCUCCAACAUCUGUCUAAUGGUUUGGAGACGCUGCUCAAGCGUGACUUCCUGCGCCUCCUUCCUCUGGAGUUGGCCUUCUAUGUGCUACAAUGGCUAGACCCUCAGACACUUCUCACCUGCUGUCUGGUCUGCAAGCAGUGGAAUAAGGUGAUAAACUCAUGUACAGAGGUGUGGCAGAGUGUGUGUCGGGAGCUGGGCUGGAGGAUUGACGAGUCUAUUCAGGAUGCAUCACACUGGAAGGGCGUGUACCUGAAGGCUAAACUGCGUAUGACACAGCUGAAGGAUCAGGAGGCCUUUGAGACGUCAUCCCUCAUUGGUCACAGUGCUCGAGUUUAUGCCCUCUACUAUAAAGACGGUCUCCUCUGCACAGGUUCUGAUGACCUGUCUGCCAAAUUAUGGGACGUUCGUACUGGGCAAUGCAUUUAUGGAAUUCAGACUCACACCUGCGCAACUGUGAAGUUCGAUGAACAGAAGCUGGUGACCGGGUCCUUUGACAACACUAUUGCAAGCUGGGAGUGGAGCACAGGAGCUAAAAUCCAACAGUUCCGUGGCCACACAGGCGCAGUCUUCAGUGUGGACUACAAUGAUGAGCUGGAUGUUCUGGUCAGUGGCUCUGCAGACUUCUCUGUGAAGGUGUGGGCUCUGUCUGCUGGUGCCUGUCUCAACACAAUGACUGGACACACGGAGUGGGUCACCAAGGUGAUACUGCAGAAAAGUGAAGUUGAUUCUAUGAUGCACAGUUGUGGCGACUAUAUCCUCUUAAGUGCUGAUAAGUAUGAAAUUAAGGUCUGGCCUUUAGGGAGAGAAAUCAACUGUAAGUGUUUAAAGACGCUGUCGGUGUCGGAGGAUCGCAGCAUCAGCCUUCAGCCUCGCCUGCAGUUUGAUGGACGCCACAUCGUCUGCAGCUCUGACCUCGGAGUGUAUCAGUGGGACUUUGCCAGUUUUAAGAUUCUCAGGGUGAUUAAAAUGCCGGACCCAGCCAACCUGUCCUUGCUCAGCUAUGGUGAGGUGUUUGCACUCCUUUUUGACAACCACUUCCUGUAUGUGAUGGACCUUAGGACAGAGAGGAUCUCGGGACGCUGGCCUUUACCGGCCUACAGAAAAUCCAAAAGAGGAUCCAGCUUUUUGGCAGGUGUGACUUCUUGGCUUAAUGGGCUGGAUGGGGGCAAUGACUCAGGACUGGUUUUUGCGACCAGCAUGCCUGACCAUAGCAUUCACUUAGUACUGUGGAAGGAGAAUGGAUAGAAGAAGCAAGCGAGGACUCCAAACUGCAGACUGUAAGGAAAUGAGCUGCUAUCAUAAGCACUCUUGGAUAUAUACACCUUCACAGUGACGACAGAGCAUGCAUGGACCAAAGCCUUUUGUUUUUAUCAGUUACUUCCUCAGCAUAGAGUUCUCUUCUUCUUCUUCAACAGCUAAAGGUUCCAUAAUAAACACAAGUGUUUACAUUCUCCUGUCAUGGGUGAUAUGGACGUUUGAUCAGUUUUAGCCCAGCACAUAGGCUUUUUAUAUACAGAUCUACACAUUUUGCAGAUUCCAGAAAUAGUCGUCAUGAAGUGGUAUCAAGAUCCCCUCAAUACAACCAAGCAUGAGCCGUCUCAGAUGUCAAUCGUGAUGCUUCACCUUGUUUUUAUAGUGUCAGAUAAUCAGAGAAAUUAACACUUUUGGAAUACUGAAAUACUUGGCCAUGACAUGGACAUAAAAUGAAGCCAGCGCUGAGCAGUGACGAUGGUUUGGCUUCACUUUUUGCAGAGCUGUCAUGUCAUUUAUCUUUCCAGGAUAGCAGAAGAUUCUCAGCCGGGGCCUCAUUUAUAAAGCUUGUGUACGCACAGAAGAAGGCGUACGACACUUUCUACACAAACUUGAUGGGGAAACGCGCGGUCCUUUACGGAAACUCUGACCCAUGUGUACGCACAUUAACGGGAGAGAGGAGAAACUGCGACUCCGAUGUUCAGAAGGCUGAAUAAACAGAGACUGUAACAGAAAAUGUGUAAAAUAAAUUCAGUUAUUACGGUUGAUCAAAGGGUUUUGUUUGCACACACCAGCGAGAUAUAUUUUUAAACAAAUAAACAAAUACAUGUUUGACGGAUCGUCUCAGCGACGCGCAUCUGCACACACACACGCCCUAAUCAAUAAAUACAAAAUGAAUACAAGAUAUCUGUUGUUGCCAGAACUUUUAAAUAAAUGCUGUAAUUAUUAAAUCAUGUUGUGGUAGGAGACGUAUUCUCAGGGACAGUAAGGUCAAGGAGGAUACAUUACACAAAUAAUGGGUUUGCAGGCGUUCUAAAAGAGUUUUUAUAGUGAGGUGUUGCAACUGAUAAUGUGCCAUACUAAUCAAAUGUAUAAUUAUUGUUAUUGUCGUCAUUGUGCAGAACAGUCUCUCAUUCCCACGAGUGAAGCCGCUCAGAUUCAAUCAUGGUGGGGAGAAUAAAAAGACGUGAUCAAAACGAUUGAGGACGUAAAAUUUGUUUCUGCUCGAGGACGAGACAAACGGCAGCUUCAGAGGGAGACACUUUUCAGAGAACGGUCAGAUCUGCUGGUCAGUGAUAAUGAAUGUAUUGUGAGCUGGUUCCUGUCCAAGUGGAAACAGAAACUGGGAAUUACUGUAUGUACAAAUCCAAUUUGUUCUUAUACCGUUCACUUACAGGCGACAGUGACAACCCACACAAGCAUAAGUGGCUACUGGCUCUUAUUUCCCCAACCCUCAGCGUGCCAUUGUGGAGAAGAACCAUUGAGCUUCUGCAUUUACAGCAUCUGCCACAUUCUGUCACUCUAAAUGUAUUUUUUUUUUUAACCAUUAGACACUGUAUAAAACCCUUUUUACACC